AUGAACAGAGGAGGAGGACGAAGACGACAUCUGAGACCGAGAGAGAGAGGACAAAAACAGAGAGGACGACAACAAAGGACGAAAACAGAGAGGACGAAAACAGAGGAUGACAACAGAGGACGAAAACAGAGAGGACGAAAACAGAGAGGACGAAAACAGAGGACGAAAACAGAGGACGACAAAAGAGGACGAAAACAGAGGACGACAACAGAGGACGAAAACAGAGAGGACGAAAACAGAGAGGACGAAAACAGAGGACGACAAAAGAGGACGAAAACAGAGGAUGACAACAGAGGACGAAAACAGAGAGGACGAAAACAGAGGACGACAAAAGAGGACGAAAACAGAGGACGAAAACAGAGGACGACAACAGAGGACGACAAAAGAGGACGAAAACAGGACGACAACAGAGAGGACGAAAACAGAGAGGACGACAACAGAGAGGACGAAAACAGAGGACGACAAAAGAGGACGAAAACAGAGACGACAACAGAGGACGACAAAAGAGGACGAAAACAGGACGACAACAGAGAGGACGAAAACAGAGGACGACAAAAGAGGACGAAAACAGAGGGGACGACAACAGAGAGGACGAAAAAAGAGGACGACAAAAGAGGACGAAAACAGAGGACGACAACAGAGGACGACAAAAGAGGACGAAAACAGGACAACAACAGAGAGGACGACAAAAGAGGACGAAAACAGAGGACGACAAAAGAGGACGAAAACAGAGGACGACAACAGAGGACGACAACAGAGGACGACAACAGAGGACGACAACAGAGGACGAAAACAGGACGACAACAGAGAGGACGAAAACAGAGAGGACGACAACAGAGAGGACGACAACAGAGAGGACGACAACAGAGAGGACGACAACAGAGGACGACAACAGAGAGGACGACAACAGAGGACGAAAACAGGACGACAAAAAACAGAGGACGAAAACAGAGAGGACGACACACAGAGGACGACAAAGAGGACGAAACAGGGACG